UUCCAAAUUUGAGUGCUUAAACCCUAAACCUAUCACUCAUCAUUACAGGAAGUCAGGAACGUCGUUCGGCUGAGACGACUGCCUGGUUUCCGUCCGAAUCUUUCCAUUUCAGAAUAACAGGCAAGCUUUGUUUCUUUUUACUUUACAUUAUUGAUGUGCUAAACAACUGCUAAAACUUCUUAAAAGUCCUCACAUGAUGAAUCCCUUUAUUUGCAAAACCCUAAUAUCACUUUACUUGAAGAACUCUCUGCACGUCCGAAAACCACCGAUUACAUACUCAAUUUCGCUCCAUUUCUUCUCUACUUCUUCGUCUAGGUCAAAAUCUAAAAUUUCCUUGGCUGAUUACUUAAUCAAUCAGCACAGUUUCUCUCCUGAAGCGGCCUUAAAAGUCUCAUAUCUCCAAACUCACCUUAAAAAUCCUGAAAAGUUGGAUUCUAUACUGUCAUUUCUCAAAGAAAGUGGUUUCUCCGAUACCCGUAUUGAGAUAAUCGUUAGAAGAACACCUAAGAUCCUCUCUUCCAGUCUUGAUCGUACUAUUAAGCCCAAGAUCAAGAUUUUGCAAGACUUGGGUUUGUCAUCAACGGAUAUUGUUGAAAUAUUAACUGCUGAUCCCUGGUUUUUAACGAGAAGUGUGAAGAAGGUAAUUCUACCAUCAAUUUCGGUGUUGAAGAGUGUUUUAGGAUCCAAUGCUGAUUUUGGUAAGAUUAUAAAGAGAGGUGGGUGGUUUCUGAAAUUGGAUUUGGAGAAGACUCUGAUACCUAAUAUAGAAAUUUUGAAGGGUUGUGGAAUUGCCAGUUCGCAGAUUGUUAGAUUCAUACGUAGUUUCCCCAGACUUUUUCUCCAUAAGCCUGAUGGCAUUAGGAAUUUUGUGAAAAGAGUUGAUGAAAUGGGAUUUGAUAGGAAAUCUAGGAUGUAUCUUCCUGCUAUUCGAGUAAUAAGUUCGAUGAAUAAGGAGCUUUGGGAGCGAAAGGUGAAUCUUUUCAAGAGAUUGGGAUACAGUGAUGAUCAUAUUCUUUCAAUAUUCAGGAGCACACCCCAAGUAUUUUCAACAUCUGAGAAGAAGAUUGAAGGGAUAACCAAAUUGCUGCUUCAAAGAGGGAACGUGGAUAUUUCACUUAUCGCUGACAACCCUGUACUCCUUCUAUGCAGCAUUGAGCACAGAUUAAAACCUCGGCUAGAAGUUUUUGACUUACUGACAAGUAAGAAUUUAAUUCAGAAGGAAAUCAGUUUGGUUACCAUUUUUAUGACAUGUGAAACGAAGUUCAUACAGAAAUAUGUGCUUCCUUAUUCUGAUGAACUUGGAAAACUAAUGUAUUUUUGGUUAGAAGACAUCAAAACUAUGAAUUGUAAUAAAGAUCUAAAUUUGAUCUUAGGAUGUUCUGAGGGCUGAUUGAUAUGUAGGUGUUACUAUUUUGCUCCAAUGAAUCAUAUCUUUUUAUUUAUUUGUUGUUUUCUGUGGUGUUAAA